CGAGCCCGGCCUGAGGAGGCGGCCCCGGCCCCAUGGAGUGCUACUACAUUGUCAUCAGCUCCGCGCACCUCAGCAACGGGCACUUUCGCAACAUCAAGGGAGUUUUCCGCGGCCCCCUCAGCAAGAACGGGAACAAAACUCUGGAUUAUGCUGAAAAGAAAAACACGAUAGCAAAAGCUCUGGAAGAUCUUAAAGCCAACUUCUACUGUGAACUCUGUGACAAGCAGUACUAUAAACACCAGGAGUUUGACAAUCACAUUAACUCUUAUGAUCAUGCUCACAAACAGGUUCUGGGAAGCAAAAUAAAGCAUUUCCUUAGAAACAAAUCUUAUCGUGGAGAUUCUACAGUCAAAGAUUCUGAGAUGGGAAUAAAGAGAAAUUUGAAUAGUUUAACUGUGAAGAGGAAUAGGGAAUGA